AUGAUUCAGACCAAUCUAAUUCCCAGCCGGGACAUCGGCGGCUUUCCUGGCGUGAUGAUGAUUUUGUUCGUGGCCUUUGGAGGACUCUUAUUUGGAUAUGACACAGGCACAAUAUCUGGGAUUCUCGCCAUUUCAUACUGGAAGAAGCUUUUCGCGACACAUAUAGACGGCGCUGGAGAGCCUGUUAUUACCGCUGGCCAGCAGUCAUUGAUUGUGUCAAUGUUGUCUGUUGGAACCUUUUGUGGUGCUCUGUCCGGCGCGCCUAUUGGCGAUCGGAUCGGCCGCAGACUCGGUCUGGUGGUCGCUUGCAUUAUCUUCAGCGCUGGUGCCAUCAUGCAAACCGCGGCAACUGCCAUUCCCCUCUUCACUGCCGGUCGAGCCGUUGCAGGUGCUGGAGUCGGCCUCAUCUCUUCACUGAUACCUUUGUAUCAAGGGGAAACUGCCCCGGCCUAUCUGCGAGGGACUCUCAUUGGGUCAUACCAACUGUUCAUCACAAUUGGACUCCUGCUUGCCUCCUGCGUUAACCAGGGUACGCAUGCACGCGAUGACUCUGGCUCCUACCGGAUUCCUUGCGCCAUCCAAGUCCUCUUCGCCAUCGUACUUAUCGCUGGCAUGCUAUGGCUGCCCGACACGCCGAGAUACUUUGUCAAGAAAGGGCGAAUGGAUAAAGCACGGCAGUCAUUGGCCCAACUCCGAAGAAAGGAUGAGCACGACCCGGAGUUGUCAAAGGAGCUCGAGACUAUCGUCAUCAGUUGCACUACCGAAUUGGAACAGCCAGGUCGAUGGAGAGACUGCUUCACAACCCAGAACCAUCAUGUAUAUCGUCUGUUUACCGGGUGUGCUGUCAUGGCUCUCAAUCAACUGGUCGGGGUAAACUUCAUUUUCUAUUAUGGGACGCAGUUCUUCGUGCAAGCCGGGAUCAAGUCACCAUUUACGAUCGCUCUCAUCACGAAUCUGGUCAAUGUCUUCUCUUGCAUUCCCGGGUUGCUACUUGUCGAGCGAUGGGGUCGCCGACCCACCCUUCUCUUCGGAGGAGCCGGGAUGUUCGUAUGCGAGUUCAUCGUGGGCGGUGUCGGUCUUGGGGCCAGUUCUGACGUUGCGAAUAACGUUUUGAUCGCCUUCGUCUGCCUCUACAUUGUCUUUAACGCCAUGACCUGGGGUCCUGUCGGGUGGACCGUUGUCGGGGAAAUCUUCCCUCUUCAGAUACGUGCCAAAGCUGUUUCGAUGUCAAUUGCUACAAUCUGGUUGUUUAAUUGGGCUAUUGCUUAUGCAACCCCAUAUCUUAUCGGUACCGGGCCUGGAGAUGCAGACCUGAGCUACAAGGUCUUCUUCGUUUGGGGGUCUUGCUGUCUGCUCGCCGUCGUCUUCACCUACUUCUGUGUUUAUGAGACGAAAGGAUUGAGCUUGGAGCAAGUCAACGAGCUCUACGCCAUCUGUCGCUUCCCGCCAAAGUCAAAUGCGGCGAGAAAACAACUGGCUCAAGUGACCGUUGAGGUGACCCAAGACGGGGAAAAGAUCACUGUAGUGGACGACUCCAACCAUCCGAAGAAUUACAGCUACAUUGAGAAUGCGGUUGCUUGA